AUGGAGUACCAGGCACAAUCCAAGGCAGCGCUAGACCUGCUUUGCCGGGAGAGAUCUAUUCCCUGUCUUGGAAAAACAAAAGAGGAACUAUUGCAAGCACUGGUGGACUAUGAUAUGCAACAAGCAGUGCAAAGUGAUGCCUCAAACACUGCAGAGGAUAUACCUGUAGCUUUUGUCAGUGAUGUACCAAGAUCUGGAGAUCCUCUGGAUUGUUACUUACAAACUGUGUUGAAAUAUGUGGACUCAGCAGACACAAACCAAAGACUACAGCUUAUCCUUCAGUAUCAGGAGGCUGAGAGAGAGCGCAAAGCUGAGAGAGAGCGCCAAGCUGAGAGAGAGCGCCAAGCUGAGAGAGAGCGCCAAGCUGAGAGGGAGAGAGAGGCUGCUGAGAGGGAGGCUGAAGAGCG